AUGGUCUGCGCUCCAAGGUUGCAGACCUGGAUAGCGAGCUGCUCCAGCGAGACGCGGCCAUCGACAAUCUGCAAAGAACUCUGCGUGAGACACAAGACACUUUGCAAAAGGCGCUGCUUUCGCCACAGGAGGGCGGCUUGUGGAAGGACCGAUACCACGAGGCACAGAAGCAGAACGAGACUCGAGGGCGAGAGGUCAAAGAGCUUGGCUUAA